AUGAGCGCACGUAAGAGCAACACCCAACAGCGAGUGGAGCACGAGCUUCUGGCGUCCCCCCUGGUGUUGCGAUCCCCGUCACCGGUCAGCGAGGCUGACGAGGAGUCCACCAGGGAGAUCUCGGACGUGGAGCUGCCGUCCGAGGAGGAGGACCCAGGCGCAGACGCGACGGAGACCGCAGAGGUCGUCGCCAUCUCCUCCGAUGAGAGUGGUCCGGAGGACGCGAGUGAGGAGGAGGGGACGGAGACCGUCAGUCCCGAGGUGUCCUCGGACGAGAACGACGCGGCGCGGCGAGCUGCGAGGGACCGGAUGGUCUUCCGCCGGCCGCCGCAGGAGCAGCCACAACCACCGAAGGAGCAGCCACAGCCGCCGCAGGGCCAGCAGCAGCCGCCGCAUGAGCAGCUGCAGUCGCCGGAGGAUCAGAUGCAGCCGCCGCAGGAGCAGCCGCAGCCGCCGCUGUCGGCACCGCAGUCGCCAUCGGCAGCGCAGCCGCCGUCGGCAACGCAGCCGCCGCUACCGCCACCACGUGCCCCGACGCCACCACCACGAUCGCCGUCACCGCUGCAGGAGUGGCACCUGCCACAGGCGCAGGUCGCGCAAGCGCUGCGGACCAUCGUGGUGGAGGGGCGGCGGUGUCAUCAGCAGACGGUCACGUGGACGCGGCCCGCGCCCGAGGAGGCAGCAGAGGAGGCCCGGAUGCGGGAGGCCAUCGAGUGGCGGCGCCCACCGCCGUUGAACCCGCGCGAGCCGAGGGUCAAGUCGGUAAAACGCGUCGCGGAGACGGCCGAUCGCGAGGGACUGUUGACGCCCGAGGAGGAGCGCGAGGCCCAGGAGGGGCUGGUGAAGGGGAUGGAGAAGGGGCCAUGGGAGUGGCCAUCACCGCCGGAGACGUCGCGGGACGCGGCGCCACCCCCGAAGCUGGCGCGGCAGACUUCGUGCCCGGAGCCGCGAGCCCCACCGUCGAGGCCGACGCUGCGGAGACAGCAGUCGGAGGGCGCGGAACCAUGGUCGGAGGUUCCGGAGGCGGAGUGGCCGGCGCGGGUGGCCGAAGAAGCGCGACGGCAGCGAGGGAGGCAGGGGAAGGCCAGGUGGGCCAAGCUCGUGCUGGACGGGGAACAGCGCUACCGAGUAAAGGUAGCAGGGGGCCGGGUGCGGGUGUUUAAGGCCCAAUAA